UUUAUGUGUAGUCGUGACGUCAACUACGAGAGAACGAAAUGGCGUGAAACAUUCGGGCAAACAUUUCUACUUUCAGUUCAAAAUUUAACGUGUUUUGAGCAGUAUUUCUUACACUGCCAUUUUCAGUUCUCCUUAAUUUUAUAUAGUUCCAAGGAAACGGCCAUGACAUGAUGAGUGUUGACGCGUAUGCCCCGAAUUCCCAAACACUCACGUUCCUGGACACCGAGGAAGAUCUUCUCGGAGCGGACACACAAGGCACAGACUUCGACUUUACAGACUUUACGUUGCCAUCACAAACUCAGUCGCAGACACAAGCCUCCCAGCUAGAACCAGGACAGAGUCAAAGUCAGCAACCCAAUGGUGUUGAAAUACCACUACAAAAUGGACUGGAUAAAGGCAUUGGAGUCAUCACGCAGGGAGUGGGUGAGCUCAACUUCGAGGAGGAGGAAGAGGAACAGUUUUAUAUGAAAGAUCUCCCCAAACAUGCUUGCUCGUACUGUGGAAUACACGACCCGGCGUGUGUGGUGUUGUGCAACUCAACAAAGAAGUGGUUCUGUAAUGGUCGUGGCAACACUUCAGGCAGCCACAUCAUCAAUCACUUAGUGAGAGCCAAGGCAAAGGAGGUGACACUGCACAAGGAUGGACCCCUCGGGGAGACUGUCCUCGAGUGCUACAACUGUGGCUGUCGUAACGUCUUCCUGCUCGGCUUCAUUCCAGCCAAGGCUGACUCUGUGGUGGUACUGCUGUGUAGACAGCCCUGUGCCACACUCACCAACCUCAAGGACAUGAACUGGGACCCCAGCCAGUGGCAGCCCCUGAUCCAGGAUCGACAAUUCCUAGCCUGGUUGGUGAAGGUGCCUUCUGACCAGGAGCAGAUGAGGGGACGACAGAUCUCUGCCCAGCAGAUCAACAAACUGGAGGAGUUGUGGAAGGACAACCCUGAUGCCACACUGGAGGACUUAGAGAAGCCUGGAGUGGAUGAGGAGCCCCAGCAGGUCCUCCUCAGGUAUGAUGAUGCUUACCAGUACCAGAACAUCUUUGGUCCCCUGGUCAAGCUGGAGGCUGACUACGAUAAGAAGCUAAAGGAGUCCCAGACCCAGGAUAACAUUGUGGUGCGAUGGGAUGUUGGCCUGAACAAAAAGCGUAUCACCUACUUCCACCUUCCCAAGGCCAAUGAAGAAAUGAAGCUGAUGCAUGGGGAUGAGUUGCGGAUUCGCUACAUGGGAGAACUUCACAAGCCCUGGUCUGGUGUAGGGCAUGUCAUCAAGAUACCAGACAACCACAGCGACGAGGUGGCCAUAGAGUUGAAGAGUAACGCUGGUGUCCCCACUGACUGUACACACAACUUUGUUGUGGACUUUGUCUGGAAAUCAACAUCCUUUGAUAGAAUGCAGGCAGCUCUGAAGACAUUUGCAGUAGAUGAGACAUCGGUGUGGGGCUACAUAUACCACAAACUGCUGGGACACGAGGUGGAGGAUGUUGUCAUCAAAUGUCAGCUUCCCAAGCGCUUUAGUGCCCUCAGCCUGCCGGAGCUUAACCACUCCCAGGUGUACGCUGUCAAGACUGUCCUACAACGACCCCUCAGUCUUAUCCAGGGUCCUCCAGGAACUGGCAAGACUGUAACCUCGGCAACUGUGGUGUACCACCUGGCCAAACAGAACAGUGGCCAGGUACUGGUGUGUGCCCCAUCCAACAUUGCUGUUGACCAGCUCACUGAGAAGAUCCAUAGGACUGGACUUAAGGUGGUACGCCUUUGUGCCAAGAGUCGUGAAGCCAUUGAGUCACCCGUCUCCUUCCUGUCCCUACACAACCAGAUCAGGAACAUCGAGAGUGUACCAGAGCUACAGAAGCUACAACAGCUUAAAGAUGAAACUGGUGAACUGUCGUCUGCUGAUGAGAAGAGGUACCGCUCCCUCAAGAAGCAGUGCGAGAAAGAAUUACUUCAGCAUGCGGACGUGAUCUGUUGUACCUGUGUCGGAGCAGGGGACCCCAGACUUGGGAAGAUGCAGUUCCGCUCCGUUCUUAUUGACGAGAGCACCCAGGCCACAGAACCUGAGUGUAUGAUACCUGUGAUCCUAGGCUGCAGACAGCUGAUCCUGGUCGGGGACCACUGCCAGCUUGGCCCAGUGGUGAUGUGUAAGAAGGCAGCCCGUGCUGGUCUGUCUCAGUCCCUGUUUGAGCGCUUGGUUGUCCUAGGCAUCCGCCCUAUCAGGCUCCAGGUCCAGUACAGAAUGCACCCUGCUCUCAGCGCCUUCCCCUCAAACAUCUUUUAUGAAGGCUCCCUGCAGAAUGGGGUUGCCCCAGCUGAUCGUACAAGGAAGAAUCUGGACAUUCCUUGGCCUCAGGCAGACAAGCCCAUGUUCUUUUACACGACGUCCGGCCAAGAGGAGAUAUCUAGCUCUGGCACUUCCUAUCUCAACAGAACUGAGGCAGUCAAUGUAGAGAAGAUUGCAACCCGUUUCCUGCGGUCAAGCAUCAAGCCAGAGCAGAUUGGAAUCAUCACGCCAUACGAGGGACAGCGAGCAUACAUUGUGCAGUACAUGCAGUACAGUGGAUCUCUCAACAAGAAAUUGUACCAGGAAAUUGAGGUUGCGAGUGUGGAUGCUUUCCAAGGGAGAGAGAAAGACUUCAUCAUUUUGUCAUGUGUACGAUCCAACGAACACCAGGGAAUUGGAUUUCUGAAUGAUCCACGUCGUCUGAAUGUAGCUCUGACUCGAGCCAAGUACGGAAUCAUCAUAGUGGGUAACCCUAAAGUGCUGUCUAAGCAACCCCUGUGGAACCACCUGUUGACAUAUUACAAGGAGCAGAAAUGUCUGGUGGAAGGCCCUCUCAACAACCUCAAGGAGAGCCUCAUACAGUUUAGCAAGCCACGCAAGCUGGUUAACUCCGCCAACCCUGGCGGUAGAUUCAUGAGUAACAUCAUGUUUGAUGCGAGAGAAGUGCUCAUCCCUGGUAGUGUGUAUGACAGAACCCAGGGAUAUCGUGAGCCUGCUGUGGUGCGUCACCAUGACCAGCUGAGCUACAUCGGACCAGAGCGUGCUUACACAGGCCCCGCCCUCAACCUGCCUGUGCCCGUGAACAUGUUUAUACCUCCGAUGCCACAACCCUUCAACACCCAACAACCGGUCCACAUGAACAAGAAUAAUCCCCGACAGAACCAGCGUGGCUUCAACUACCGCCAGAAGCCUCCCAGAUACAGCAACACACAGACCACCCAGGGCUCACAGAUGAGUCAGAACGGGGGCAGCCAAAGCCAGGCCAGUCAGGAUGGCAUAUCCCAGCCAUUUUCGCAGGGUCCUCUGACCCAAGGGCCCAUGUCAAUGAGCCAGUCGUUCCAGAUGAGCCAGCCUGGCCUUUCAGGCUUGUCACAGCCAGAACUAUCCCAGGACAGUUUCCUGGCGGAUGACUUCAAGUCGCAGGCUGAUGGCAUGUUGUCCCAGGACUCAACAUACCAGGGCGACCGCAUGUUCUAUGCCUCGCAGCUGUCACAAGGUCCUUUCAACUAGGACUGCCACACACGAUAUCAGCCUAUGGCAGAAAGAUGAAAUGAAAACUAAGUGACCGAUCACACAAGAUCUUAGCUACCACAAUGUCUCUGACAGUACGAUGUGCACACAAUGAGCAGUGUCUGCUAAAGUGGCCUGCCAGGUAAAACCACCACCAACCACGGGCGUCGGCUUCCCACGGCCACACCUGAGGGACACAUCCCCUCCCAAGCGGCUGAGUGAGACAGCCACCGGGGUCCGGCACAGCCACCCGCUCACAUGACCGAUCAUGUGGCUCUACAGCGGUAACGUGGCACGUUGGUGGAGAUGAGAAUGGGCAGAGAUAUGCCACCUGCUGGGUUAACCCGAGCAGACGACAGACACUGCUGGGCCAUGCGAUUUGAUGCCAUACAGGAGGGGUUCAGUGUAUCUGAACCCAUGUGUGGGUAGCACUACAAGAUAUAAAUCAGAGAUCCUAAGUAGCCCUGGUUUCAUGCAAGAGUAGAUUUGAGAAACUACACUAAAACAGAAAAAAAUUGUGUUGGAGAAGAGUUUGGUAACACCUUUUGUCGAGGUUCUGAAUGCAAGCUUAUAUCCUUAUCUUUGUGUUUAAUAAUAUAGCCUUCUCUUCAGUUUAUAAUAUAUGGUGAUUUGAUUUUUGUUGUUAUUUUUUUUUUGGCAAAGAAUUUAAUUUCCAUCUUUAAUAUGUAGAAUAUGUAGCCAGUGCCAGUCUUCGAGGAGUGUUUUGGUGGAAUGUUCUAGAUAUCUGUGUCAACAAUACAGCAGGAUACUUACGAUAGGUGGUUGUAAACGACGUUUGUUGAAGGUGAAGAUGUUGAUACCAAGAGAUCAAAGGUGAAUGUAUUUGUAAUUUAUGAGCAGUGAACUUUUAAACAGAAGCUGCCUAGUCACGUCCAGUUCUGUGUGAUUUAUUUGUCUGAUACUGUUUCAACCUCACAUUUUAAUAUUUCCGUCGAGUGAUUUCACUAAACAUGUCGCACCUGUUGUGCAUGUUUCUAAAUGUUUGUGUUCUAAGAAUGAAAUAAAGAAAUUCAUUUUCACCUGCAAAUUGCCAAUAUGAAAUUGCCCAUGUCUCCCCGAGAUAUGGUCAGAACAAUGCCAUGUGAAUGAAGUUGUGGAAAAUACUUCCUUGUGAUAUGUUUUAGGGUUACUUUUAACUUUGUUAAGUUCAUUGUUUAAUGAAACCUUCAGUCUUGGUUGUUCAAUUCUUCAGUUCUGAUUUUCAUAUAUGAAAGCACUACGUAAAAGAUGUAAACUUUCUAAAUGCAGACAAUCUUGUGGGAUUUAUCUUAUAUCUACAGAUCGAUUCAAUAGCACUGAUGGGGUAGACUUGUUAAAUCUAAAAGAAACAAACGGUCAGAUCUUUAAUGAGGCGUAUAAUACAUCACCACUUGGCCAAGAACUAAGUUUUGUCAGAUUUCUGUCCCUUAGUUACUUUCUUAGUUACAGAUUAACUCAUAACAAGCAAUAAAUGUGAACUUUCUGUUCAGCUCAAUGAUGUAGCUUGAAAUAUCACCAACAGGAGAUCAGUAUACCCCAGAGUGGAAGAUGUUGUAAAGAGACAGGAUCAUCUAAUUCACAAGAAAUAGUCAACAUAAAAUCUUAAAAGUUUUUUUAAACUUUUGAUUAUUAAUAUGCAAAUGGAUGGUGAGGAUUGAGGUUUUUAAAUCAACUAGCAAUACAUUUCAUGUGUAUACAGAAAACAAUGUUGGCGUAAAGUCGGAGUAAUUGAAAUGGAGGAACUGAUAAUGCUAUUCCUGGGAAGGUCAUGUAAAGGACGUGUUCAGUAUUUACAUGCUAAAUCCAUGCUUAUCUUCCGGUUUCUAUGUAUAUUUUCACUGCAAAUGUGAUUCAUCUUGUAUGGUCACUUAUGGGCAUUAAUAGCAAGCAAAAUUAAUUCAUUUACACUGUUAGAUUCACUGCUAUGCAAAGUAUAUGUACCAAUGCAUGGAUUAUUUCACGAUGUGUUUUGUGUUUAUUUCUUUCAUGGACCUAAAAACUUUGUACUUUCUUAAUGGUACAUUAUGAAAUUAUGACUCGUUUUGAUUAUUUUAAAGGUUGAUAGAUUUGAGAAUCUUCUUUUUGUUUGAAACAACGCCUGGUUCCUAGCCAGAAGACAGGUUUCGUAGAUUAACUGGUGUUUAGAAUGGCUAUCAAUGUAAUUUUGCCAGCAAUGAAUACAGAUUUUAUUUUAAUUACGAGAGUAUUUUAGGGACUGUCUUUCCUGAUGUGUGGGGACGCCUAAAUCUAGAGUGCUUGGACUGCUUCCCUGUAUCACAAUGCUUCUUACCUCUUCCUAUACCCUUUACUCCAAUAAACUUCUGCUGAUCCGAA